AGAUUAUGUGUUCCUACCUACUGCAAAUACAAAUUUCACAACUUCCCACCUCAUCAAACUCACGGACAAAUCCAUGGAACUCACAUCUACUUUAAGGAUGUUAAUGUACUUCUAACAGGGACAAUGAAACCUGGGGAAUUACAGAGGUACCUUAGAGGUCCACCUUUGGAGAUUGAAGUUCAUGACCGGGAUAGAAACAUGGAAAAUGACACAAAAAAGCCGUGUUUGUUGGGGGAGGAUGAAGCUGAUGAAAAAGUGGGUAAGGUGAGCUUCCUUGCUUGCACACCCACAGUCUGUAAUUCUUUUACGAAGAGCAAAGUGUGGCAUCCGCAUGGGGUAGCUAAAGUCAGUCUAACUGAUUUACUGUUGGGUAAAAAGUACUUGACUAUCAGUGCUCCCAUCCAUAACUGUUCAGCUCCAAAUACAUCUGCUUUCAAUGAGGAGGAUAAAAAUAGGAAAAUAACAGAAUCCACGAGUAGUUCUUCCCUGUUACCUAUGGGACAUUACCUAGAAUCAGACUCACUUUUGAAAGUAAGAGUGGAAAUAGCUGUGCCAUUGGGAGUGCACACAGAAGCUGAUGAUGCUCAAGUCACGAGUUGCCCAUACGGUUGUAUAAUCUACAUUUUUGACUACAAUAAUUCAUUGUUAUUACAUGAUUUGAUGGAAGAGAUUACAGAAAUCAAUGCUAAAGCCCUCCAGCUGGGCUGCUAUCCUGUACACUUAAUUGGAAUGGCUCUUGCUGCAUUAAAACUGAAAAUCACACUUGAGAAAGUUUCUGAGUUGGAUAUUGUUACUGGUUUUCACUUACUGGAUGGAGCAACUCAUCUCUUUGUCUUGGAGGGAUUAAAAGACAAAGCAAUCAAGAAACUCUGGGAUAAACACUUUGAAAGGCUCAGUUACCUCUGUCACAGUAAGAGGUUGAAGGACGUAAUUCAUGGGGAUCUGCUGCCCUCAGCAGAGAUGAUCACAGUCUUGAGUCGUGAGUAUGGAGUUCCCCUAACUGAUGAGGAUCUCUUCACUCAGAAACCUCCUUUACUCUUGGUUUCCUCUGAUGAUUAUACAGUACCAGGAAAAGUUAACGAAGUGAAACAGGCAGUAUAUUCUUCAUUAGAUAACUACAACGAAGUGUGUGUGCAGCGGAAGAAAGAAAUAGCAGACAGAAUGUCUUUUGAGAGAAACCAUAUUAGGGCUAACAUUGGUGCUGUAUGCCAACUCAAAGGAAAGAUGAAAAAGCCAAAGUUUGAAGCUUUCAGGAUUUCUCCUGUUGAUGGCAAAUCUGUCUUUAACUACAGCUGUCAGAGCCUGAAUUCUGCGGAACUUGCAAAGAAGCAUCUUCGCCAGGAAAUGGCAAAGGAACCAAAGAACAGAUUCACUUAUUGUCAUGACUGUCUGUCAGCCACAUUCGACCCAGUGGAUGUGGUUGCUGCCUGUAAGGAGUCCUUUGCAAAAUCCAAGAGUAUGUGGCUGUCACCGGAUGGAUUUGUAUUUCCCAGAUUUAAAAGCAGCAUUGAAAGCAACCUGCACCCUCUGAGGCCUGAUAAGGCACGUCUGGAGGAGCUAAGUGAGAAAUGGCAGGAGAAUGCUCUGCAUGCUAACAUGGAGCCAGUGCUGUCACGAGAUAGAUGGAGCUGGGACAAACGGCACGUUGAUUUUGAUCUUUACAAGAAACCACCUGAGCUCUUCAUGACAACAGCCGUACGGACUGAUGCUAAGCAGAUUCUGCAAACUAUGUAUGGUGAUACCAAGCUGAAAGCUCACCGGUGCUCCACAGCAGCUGAGUUAUCUAUCCGUGGGCCAAGAGCCAGGUUUCAGCUACAGAAGCUCCAAGGACUUCUGAAAGAUGAACCUCGGGAAUUCUCACUCAGGAAGGCAGGACCAGUCUUGAAGGCUGUCCCAGCCCUGUCGGCAUUGGCCGAGCAGCCCUGUGAGCCCGGGAAGAAGAGCAGCUUUGUAUCGGGGCCUGCGGAGCAGCACAGCUUCACGUGGCACAAGAACGUUACCCCCUGGCACAACAGAGAGCGUGAGAAGGGGGGAAACUCCAAGGUGCAGCCUUCAAGUUACUCUGCUAUGAAUAGUUGGUUGUUUUACAAGAGAGAACAAUCUGCAAGAGCAGGAGGACGCAGCACCAUCCUCACAACAGGAAGAUCCUCUCCAGAAUGA